UAAAGUUGUAAUGGCUGUGUUGUUAUGUUACUCUAUUCAGAAAAGCCCACUGCCCUCCCCCCUUGUAUGCCCCUUUGCACAUGAAGGGCAUCCUGAUGUACUUCAGUGUUGAGAAAGGCAUAAGUGAGAGGGGCUUGGACUGACUGCCUGAAGUGUUCCGCUGCCAUUUAAAGUUUCCUCUUUGCAUCAUUCCUCAAAGCUCAGAAAUGAAGAAACACCUGUUUUUGUUGUGCUUUUUAGCCUCAGCACUGUCUGCAUAUGUACAAAGUAAACCUCAUGAAAAAAACCUGCAUGUUUCCAAACACAACCAAACUCCAGAGAGACAGCACAAGCCAGAGUCAGUGAAGCCUAAUGAGAGUAAAGGCAGCAUUCUUCCCACAUUUCUGCCUUUCGAGUCUAGCACUCAGGACCCAGAAGAUGAAGACAUGAGUGAAAUAGAGCUCAAAGUCUCAGAGGGAGGUGAGGAGAACACUCCUUUGCUCCUGAGCGAGGAGGCACUGACUGAGCUCCUGCAGGACUCUAAGGAAGCAGAAGAUCUUGUGGAAGAUGAUGAAGAUGAUGACAAGCCAAGAGAGAGUGAAGAGGUAAAGGAGACAGAGAAUCAGAACAAGGAACAUGUGGAGUCUCCAAAAGCAGAAGUAGAUGAGGCGAACAAGUAUAAAGGCGAGAAUAAGGAAGAUGUUGGGACGGACAUUGACAGCAGUACCGAUUCAGAGAUACCAAUGGAUUUGGAUUAUGCAUCAGAUCGUGAUGCCUCACAACCACUGCCCAUCAAGCUGAAGGACUCCAGAGCUUUAAACAUCAGCACUUUGGAUAAAGAGGUGGAGAAAACGGAAGAUGUGAUUCCCACAGCCAUGGACUAUGAAUCCCAACAAUUGAGCAGCUCUGAAGACUCCAAAGAGGACAUUGUAGAGAAACAAUCUGAGCAGGACGUGUCCGCAGACAUUCAGAAAACUCAAGAGGAGCUGACAGAACCACUUCAUGAUUCUGAAAAUGACAAAAACAAUAUGGGUGAAAAUGAGAAGAGGGAUCUACACGGUGAGAAGGACUCUAUUCCUACUAGUGGUAAGAAAGCGAAGAAAGCGAAGAAGGAAAAGAAGCAGAAGAAUGAGAAUGGUCAUGGAAAGGGCAAAGGCAAGAAGCAGCAAACGAAGCAGCAUGUGGAGGACAUGCAGAAUGACCAAUCCAGUACAUUGAAGAGAGACAAUCAACAGAAACAGGUGGAUCCCUCUGAAAAUACAGUGCCAAAACCUAGAAAGAAGAAUGGGAAAUGGUCACGUUUGGUUGGGAUAAAUCCAGUCCAGAUUAAAGCCACUAUGGAGCUAUAUCCUGACAUAAGACCCACCCAUCGACCCAGCGGACAGGAGGUGCCAGCUUACCCCUGUGAAAGUUUUCAUUGUAAGCGAGGAAAGACAUGCAAAAUGAACAAUGACAACAAGCCCACCUGUGUGUGUCAGGAGCCUUCAGCAUGCCCUCCCAGUCUGAAUGAGUUUGACCAUGUGUGUGGAACGGACAAUAAGACAUAUGACACAUCCUGUCAGCUUUUUUCCACAAAGUGUAGCCUUGAGGGGACCAAAAAGGGCCACAGACUUCAUCUGGACUACACAGGAUCCUGCAAAUUUAUUGCUCCAUGUUUAGAGGCAGAGCUUGUUCAGUUUCCUUUGCGUAUGCGAGACUGGCUGAAGAAUGUACUUCUGCAGUUAUAUGAGCACGACUCCAUGUCUCCUGGCUUUCUCACAGCUAAACAAAGAAUCAGGGUUCAGAAGAUCUAUGAAAGUGAGUGGCGCCUUCAUGCAGGUGAUCAUCUCAUAGAGCUUCUACUGCAGGACUUUGAGAAGAACUACAAUAUGUACAUUUAUCCUGUCCACUGGCAGUUUGCACAGAUGGACCAACACCCUUCAGACAGGUUCCUCUCUCAUUCUGAGCUGGCUCCUCUGCGUGUUCCCCUGGUACCCAUGGAGCAUUGCACCUCUGUCUUCUUCCAGAAGUGUGAUGAUGACAAGGACAAGCUUGUCUCCUUCAGGGAGUGGUGCAGCUGCUUUGGCAUUAAGGAAGAGGAUAUGGAUGCCAAUCUGCUUUUCUGAACCUUCCCAAAGGCCCAAGUAAACAUAUCUGAAUGACCUGGAGAAACUGUAAGAAAACAAAUAAGGCUGUGUUUAUUCAAAGGCGAUAUAGGAGAGAGGUUUAUUAAAUUAAAUGGAACUGUUUUCUUAAAGAUAAUGAUUAAGAUGAAGGAUAGUCAUAGAAUGUCUCUUGGUUUGUUUGAUUUAUUAAAAGUGGAAGGGCAUUUUAGUUAGCAAUUUAUGAACUACUGAAUAUUUGUUUUUUUUUUUAGUAUUUUUGUAUAUGUUAUACAGUAUGUGGGAUAAAAGUUUACAUAGAGCAAAAUAAAAUAAAUAGAGGUUGGAAAAUUAUUCCAUAUUAUGAAGAAAUGGCACUCAUACAGUAUGUGCUUAAUGCAGAAUGAUUGGCCUAAAUAUUUAUUAUAAAUGUAUAAUUUCAAGGAAUAAAUCAGGAACAGAACUGACAAAACAUUUUUAUAUGUUCAAGUAUGUAAAAUAUUUUAAACAUGUUUUUGUUACUGUAAAACUGUAUUAACUGUAUUAAAGUUCAAUUUUAAUCGGCAUCACAAGUUUAAUGUCCUAAUGUUUAAUGUCCUAAUGUUUAAUGUCGUAUCUUUAUAAACCAUUUGAAUGUCCUAUGUGCCUAGAAGAAAUGGUCC